CACAGGAUUGCUGGGAAGGUGGUGUCUCCUAGCUGCCUGUCCCAGCUGGACUGCUGGUGAUUUCUGAGAGGGUCAGCGUGGUCCUUGUCUCCGCAACAAUGUGUCACCCAGAAGAUACAGGGCGGGAUCCAAUGAUAGCUGAUCAGCUUCCCUGGAUUUCGCUGACGCCACAGGAAAGCUUUGCCUGAAGAUGGAAACACUGGAGUCAGAACUGACCUGCCCUAUCUGUCUGGAGCUGUUUGAAGACCCGCUGCUGCUGCCUUGCGCUCACAGCCUCUGCUUCAACUGCGCACACCGCAUCCUGGUCUCCCACUGCGCCACCAACGAGCCGGUGGAGUCUAUCACCGCCUUCCAGUGCCCGACCUGCCGCUAUGUCAUCACCCUCAGCCAGCGCGGUCUAGACGGGCUCAAGCGCAACGUCACCCUGCAGAACAUCAUCGACAGGUUUCAGAAAGCCUCGGUCAGCGGGCCCAAUUCCCCCAGCGAGACCCGCCGGGAGCGGGCAUUUGAUAACAACAGCAUGUCGUCCUGCGAGAAGGUCCUCUGCCAGUUCUGUGACCAAGACCCUGCCCAGGAGGCAGUGAAAACCUGCGUUACCUGCGAGGUGUCCUACUGUGAGGAGUGCCUGAAAGCCACUCACCCCAAUAAGAAGCCGUUCACUGGCCACCGCCUCAUCGAGCCCAUCCCGGACUCCCACAUCAGGGGAUUAAUGUGCUUGGAGCAUGAGGAUGAGAAAGUUAAUAUGUACUGCGUGACUGAUGACCAGUUAAUUUGUGCCUUGUGUAAACUGGUCGGGCGACACCGUGACCAUCAGGUGGCAGCUUUAAGUGACCGUUUUGACAAGCUAAAGGAACUAACCCCACCCUGGAGUCCAGAACUUGCUGAGAAUUCAGAAGCUGUGGCAGUAUCUCUCUGUAGUGACAUGAUAGGCCAGCAAAAUUUGGAGAGUAACCUCACCAACCUUAUUAAGAGGAAUACUGAACUGGAAACUCUUCUGGCAAAACUCAUUCAGACCUGUCAGCAUGUAGAAGUAAAUGCAUCCCGCCAAGAAACCAAGCUGAUGGAAGAAUGUGACCAGCUCAUUGAAAUUAUCCAGCAAAGACGGCAAAUAAUUGGAACCAAAAUCAAAGAAGGAAAGGUGGUGAGGUUGAGAAAACUGGCUCAGCAGAUUGCGAACUGCAAACAGUGCAUUGAGCGCUCGACAUCCCUCAUCUCUCAGGCUGAGCAGUCGCUGAAGGAGAAUGAUCACGCUCGCUUCCUGCAGACAGCUAAAAAUAUCACUGAAAGGGUUUCCAUGGCAACUGCAUCCUCCCAGGUUCUAAUUCCUGAAAUUAAUCUCAAUGAUACUUUUGAUACGUUCGCACUUGAUUUUACCAGGGAGAAGAAAUUGCUGGAAUGCCUUGAUUAUCUUACAGCUCCCAACCCACCCACCAUUCGAGAAGAGCUCUGUACAGCUUCUUAUGACACCAUUACUGUCCACUGGACAUCGGAUGAUGAGUUCAGCGUGGUCUCUUACGAGCUGCAGUACACCAUCUUCACUGGACAAGCUAAUGUUGUUAGUUUAUGCAACUCAGCCGACAGCUGGAUGAUUGUUCCUAAUAUCAAACAAAACCACUACACGGUGCACGGGUUACAGAGUGGCACUAAGUAUAUCUUCAUUGUUAAGGCCAUUAAUCAGGCGGGCAGCAGGAGCAGCGAGCCUGGCAAGCUCAAGACAAACAGUCAACCAUUUAAACUGGACCCCAAAUCUGCUCAUAGAAAAUUGAAAGUGUCUCAUGAUAACUUGACAGUGGAACGUGAUGAAACAUCCUCCAAAAAGAGUCACACACCAGAGCGAUUCACGAGCCAAGGGAGCUAUGGAGUAGCUGGCAAUGUGUUCAUUGACAGCGGGCGGCAUUACUGGGAAGUGGUUAUAAGCGGGAGUACGUGGUAUGCUAUUGGCAUUUCCUACAAGUCAGCCCCGAAGCACGAGUGGAUUGGAAAGAAUUCUGCCUCCUGGGUGCUUUGCCGCUGCAAUAACACAUGGGUGGUGCGGCACAACAGCAAAGAAAUCCCCAUCGAGCCUGCCCCUCACCUCCGGCGGGUCGGAAUUUUGCUGGACUAUGACAACGGUUCCCUUGCUUUUUACGAUGCUUUGAACUCCCUACACCUUUACACUUUUGACAUUACUUUUGGGCAGCCAGUGUGCCCCACGUUCACAGUGUGGAACAAGUGUUUGACCAUUAUAACUGGCCUGCCUAUCCCUGACCACCUGGACUCCUCCGAGCAGCUCGCGUGACUGCUAAAAGCCAAAAGGUAGGACGACACAUCUUCCCAGGGUGGCCAGGCAGCUGCCUGCAGGAGCUUGCCCGGAGCUGGUGGACCUAUGUGGCAUCCUGGCCAACGCUGCCAAAUUUGGCCAAAACUGAAAAGGAGAGAUUAUCUCUUUCUGUGUACUUUGUAAGGAAGAACAAGAAGUGGCUUUAAAAAUAUCUUAGAACUUUCUUUUGCAGCUGGUUUUGUUUGGUUGGUUUUGUAUUUAGUCUCUUACAGGAAGAUUUAUAAAUUAUUUAUAAAAAUUUUAAAAAAAAGUUAAAAAAAGAAAAAAAGGAAGUGAAAGCCUGGUUUGGACACCUGGAAAAUUACUUUUUUUUUUCCCCCGCACAUAUUGGUGGCCCUAUUAAUUAAAGUUUCAUCAGUCUUUUGAAUAAUUUUAUUUUACAGUGGAUAAAAGCAGGAAAUUUCAAGGAUGAAAACUGCGCAGUGGACAAGUCAGUAUCCUGCAGGUUUUACUCGUACCAACAUUAGUGGUCUCAUUGCCAGCCUUGUUGAGUGUGAGAUCUCCCAAUUUCUACUUCACACAUGGGAGUGUGCAGACCAAAAGAACAGAAAUUAAAAAGAGAGCCAGCCACCACAGCAAAAGAAUAAAGUCUAAUUUACUUCUGUUCACAGGGCAGUGCUCUCUCAGUUCAUAAAAAACAUGUGGAAUAUCUCCUAGAAAUGUGAGUGGAUAAAUCAUCUGGUGAUUUAUUUUAUUGAUGGCAACAUUCCCAUCUGCCAGUGCUUUGCUUUCGUCUGUGGGAAACAUUAUAGAGUCACUGAGGAUGUGGAAGACUGAUACCAUCUCUGAGAAUCAGCAACACUGGAGGAGUGCAGCUAAUCCAAGGUCUGACUGUAGACUAAUUUGAUAAAGCACAGCAUCGUUUAAGGAUUGAUUGUAAUAGAAGAUGUCAUGGUUCUGAUGGUAGACAUGUGAAUGCUUAUUGCUGAUUUUACAAGGUUCAACACAGCAAGCCUAGCCAACAACUUGGAAGUGAGACUUGCACCACUUUACCAUUGAUUUUAAAUUAAAUACAAAUGUUUCGCUGUCAUACACUGUAUAGUGUCUAUAACAAAGCAAGGAAGUCUGUUUUACAUGUGCUGUAUGGAGAAACACUGCAGCUGGAGUUUGCUCAUAGUUAUUGUCCUGUGUUGUUUGGGAAAGCACAGUUCUCUUUGUGAAUGAGCAGUAAGGAGCAAGCUUUCAGCAGCAGUAGAAAUCUGCAUGGGCAGACCCUACGUUCAUCCUAGUGUUGGUAGAUGAGCUUCAGUGAAGGCAACAGAGGUUGUAUGUACUUUAUCUCAAAGCUGAAUCAGGUGCAUUUUUUGCUGUUUCCCUUCUAAAGAAUAGAAAACCUUUGUAAUUACUGCAAUGCUUAUAAAUUAUCAUUUUGGGAGAUGCUUGAGGCAUGUGACAAUUUUAAAAGAGUGGUUUUCCUAUAAUGUUUUGUUGUUACUAUGCAAGUGGUGAAAAUCUACCUGUGUAGAGAAAGGAUAAAUUGAAUAUCAGCUUUAAGAAAAGAUUUGCUCAGUAAUUUAUAAUCAUGCUUUUGGUGUCUUUUGGAAAAGAUGCCUUAAUGCACUUUGUUCACUAAUGGCUCCAAAAAAUAAAAUGGUCCCAAGCUCAGCUUCAGAUAUUUAAAAUACUGAUUCUCCCAGUAAAAGACUGUAUUACAGUUUGCCUUCUGAUGAUAUAAAAAAUUUAUGAGCAGGAUGAGGAAUAUGUACAUGCCUAUCUGGUUUUUUUCCUCUUUUUUAGUAGAAAAUAAAUGCCUGUCCAUGUUCCUUUGAUUUCCCUUUAUGUGUCAUGUUAACUGCUGAAUUAAAUAGAGAAAAACCUGGUGGUACAUUGCUGGUACCAUGGCUUUCAGCUGGGCAGCAUCCCAUUUUUCACAGGUAGGAGCCACUGAUCUUUCCAGAGUAGGCAUAAAUAAGAAAAAAUGUGUACAUAUAGUGAACUGUAGCAUUUAUCAUACUGUCUUUAAUAAUCAAGAAAUGUGUAUCCUCAAAAUUGAAAAAGUAAAUAAGUCCCCAAACAUUACAUUUUUAAUUGGAUACAAUCUUACUGAUACAAUAUGAUAUACACUGCCCAGAGUAUCUGACCUGGGCUGUUUGGGAGGUAGCUGAGAUGGCAUGAAAAUUUUUAUAAAAUGAGUUGACAGGAGAUGACUGAUGCAAAGCAGUGAUAAAAAGAUGCAUGAAGAAAGGAGUUUUAAUCUAGGCUUAUUGCCAAAUUUCUGCCUAAAAGGAAAAGGCAUAUUAGCAAAUUACACGUAGCAAGAGUAUGUAUCUUUUUUUUUUGCCACAAAUAUUAAAUCUAGAAGCUGAUUUCAGAGGUGCAUAAACUGAAAACACUCUUCAGUGUUUAGCUAUACAAUGUUCACAGAGACUGAACUGGAUGGAAGCAAUACCAUGAAUUUGAAAAGGUCCCAAAUGAUCUCACGUGUUUUCAUUGUAAAGAUAGACUGUGACUCUAAAGACAGGUCAUGGUUUUGGCCAAUGGAAGAAGAGUGGUCUGUUAUCUACAGGCCUUGCAGUAUCAUUUUUAUUUUAACACAGAACAUUUCAUUUGGAGCUAAGCCACAUUUCUCCAAUAGCCUAUUAUCUCAGUCAGUACUCUUUGUGCAUAUAUGUUUGUGUAUAUAUAUACACAUAUGUAUGGAUAUACACACCAGUAUAUGCACAAAUAUGGUGUAUAUGCAUACAUAUGUAUAUACACAGACAAAGUGACAGCAGUUAGUUAGGUAUUUCUUUUUUACUUGUUUCUUGAACAAUUUCGUAUUCUGUAUGAUGAUGAGGAAACAAGUUUGCUAUGAAUGGUAUUCUUCUGGACAUUUUUUAACAAACAAAAUCUGUUUAUUUUGCAAUACUUGAUUCAAUACCUGAUUAAUCAAUAAAAACUUCCAUUUGAAAAUGUAGCUUCUGUGGUCUGUGGCAUUUUGCAUGGUCCAUAGGAAUGAAUUGAAAUCUGGGGGAACGAUAAUCCUUGUGUAAAAAUAAAACACAGUACUUUAAUGUAGCAUGCAGUCUUAGAUGAGGGUUUUUCCCUUAUUUUUGAAAGUCUUGUGACUAGGAAUGAGGUAACAUUGUAUAAUGCUGUGUUUAACAAAGGAAGGUUUUUGAGGAAUAGUCUGCUGAAAUGCAAACAAUGAAUGUGGUAGAUAAAGCCUGUGUUGGUAUAAUGAUUGUUUCAAAGGUGUAUUUAAAAUCCAAGCUGGGAUUCAGCAGAGUUAGAGCAAACAAUAGCACAAUCUCUUUAGAAGACAGUAGCAGCUCAGGGUAGUCUUCAGCUUGAGGUAAUGGAAGGGUGGGGGACUUGUUUCUCUGAGGUCAGAUAAGAUUUUCCACGUGUUAGACUUCCAUCUGUUAAUGGACAUCUAAUAGGGAAAAAAUUACACAAACGGGCUGUGUACCAUAAAUUAUUUAGUAGACUGUCUUCAGCCCACUGUGGUUUCCCAUUGCUGGCUCUCAGAGACCAAUAAAGUUGCUGCAUUUUCUGCCAUGAAUUUAUUCUUUGUCUGUUUUGAGUGUCCCAUUUUUCAACUGCUCAGCAAAGAGACUCCCACUGAGCAGUGGGUCCCAAGGGUAGGAAGCAUAAAAAUCCCUCAGGUCUGGGUACAGUGUGAAAAGCAGGAAAUCUGCAAAUGCAGGUGAAAAUACAUGCACGUUCUUAAUUAUUAGCAAUAGUAGGUCACUAGACAGCAGUGUGCAUCAUCUGUUUUAAUCCCAUGUCUUAAUUGCAAACACUAUAUUCUCUGCACGUUAGAAAACACAACAGGACACUAUUGACAGCACAAAUUAAAGUGUCAGCUCAUUAACCAGUUUGUUUUGAGAUGGCCAGUAUUUAUAGCAUUAUGAAAGUCUGUGGGAGAUUUCAUUAAAAUAUUAUUUAAUAUCUCACACAGUAUAAGUAUUUCUUUCUUAAUUAUUCUGAUAAAGCAGAUUUCUAGUAGUCACCACAUUCUGCUUUUAAUUGCAAAAGCCCAAUUUUCAGAUAAGCCCAUGCUCCAAAACAAAAUGAAGACUGCUAUUGGCUCUCAUCGGUGUCACCAAAACUGGUGCUAUGCAUUUUAGUUGGAAACACUGUCUUCAUUUCUGGUUUAGGACUGAAGAAGUUCACACCAGUGCACAGCAGUACCUCAGUAACUGUUCAGGGUACACCUGGCCUGAAAGCCUUUGGUGGGGCAGCUUUGAGAAGCUGGUGAUAGACAAAAAUGUGCAUAGGUUGUUUAUAUACUGAUGUGCUGGUAAUUUUGUUGUCAUACAAUCUCUGAUGUCUUUUCACAUACUCAUUCUAGUAGUGGAAGUGUGUAGUGAGAUAUAAAGACAUAAAAUGCAGUAUUUUCCUGUGCUACUGAGUUGGUUGCCCAUAUAGAAAUUAGCACAGUGUUUUUGUCUUCUGAACAUUAAAGGAAAGUCCUGCUCACUCCUAGGUGCUGAUGUGUGUUUUUGAUUAUGCUGAGCUAUUUGUAUUUAUUGUGCUUCCUGAAAUGAAAGAAACUCUCUUUACAUUCUAAACUUUGCUUUAGUACUUGAUUUUCAUAUAAAAAAAAUAGGACACUAAAGGGCAAUGAUGUUAACAAUGUUUCAGUAUGGAUGAGACUCUUGGUUUGGAGUGUGAGCCUUAAGGAAUCUGUCUACAUAAAUCAAAUCUCUGUGCCAGAACAGACUGAUUUGUCACUUGUGUGGGAGUUGAACAGUGCAGGUGCAAGUGUUUUCUUCUGAGGUAGGCUUUUGCAUUAACUCCACUCUUUGAGUGGAAUAUUCUGCUUCUUUAAUUUUUUUAAUUGGUUUUCUGAUUCAAGUGCAGACCACGUUAAUAAGACUAAAUAAUAUAAUCUUUCAUCAUGUUACUUAUUUUAACAAGCACUGCCAUGUCACGUGCCUCUGGCAGGUUGCUGAACACUUCAUCUGCAACCAUAACCUUUGCAACAUCACCUCCUGAUACCAGAUGAAGGUGAAAGACACAUAUAUUUCACGAAGGAUGAUACAGGAAAGAUAAGGGCUUGUAAACCAUCAGCAUUGAGGCAGUUCUGGUCAAGAAGCAUGUCAAUGUAUUAGGAAGUCAUGAAGUCUUUUACUACAGUGUGAUAACAAUGUCAUUAUUACUACUCCCUGAAAGAGGAAUGAAGUAAGCAAAAAAGGAGCAGUGCUGAGAGAGAUCACCCAGAGUGAUAGGGCAGCUGGGAACCUGCCACCACUACUUGCCUUGGCACCAUGCUGCAGCUCCACAAAGCAAGCCUGCACCUAUUCAUCCUUCUGCUCCAGCUCAGCCUCAAUCCACAUUCCCAAAUGACAGGAAAAAAAAAUAUAUUACAAUUAUGUUUGAAGUCCUAACCUGAAUAAAAGCAGCAGGGCAGGGAUGACAGCCCCGGGCCUUGAUCCACCUUUAUUCGCUCAGAUUUUUACAUCUGCUAACUUCAAAGGAGAUAGUCCUGAUUUACACAGAGGUAGGUACAAGCCCAUGAAUCUUCAGUUUCCAACAGGUCAAACCCAAGUGAAGCAGAAGUCCCUGUGAGAACAGCUCAACAUUCCCAUUAAAUCAUGUCUUUGGAGAAAGCACAUUAGCUGCUAGCAAAACUGCAGUUACUCAUGAGCUGUUUCCCAAGGCCAACACAGGUGUGUUUUAAAAUGUCUGGUUCUUUUAAAAUGUAUGGCUCAAUAACAUUCUUCUUGUGUGAAUUGUUCAGGCAAUGCUUUGCUGUUUCCUCCUAACAGGGUGAGAACAAUUCUCUUAGCAAGUGCUAUGUUACUUUUAUAAAAAUCAUGAGAGUAGCAAAUACAUAAGUUAUGAUAUAAUGUUCCAACAUAAGACUAUUGUUCUUAGACUUCCAUUUAAAAAUGUAUAAUAACUAAAGAAGUUUAGAAGUCUGCUUCCUUUAACUGUUUGCCCUAAUUUAUAUAUAGUUAUUUGAAUGCAUGGAAAUUUUCCUCUCGAGAAAUAUCACUUCAUUUCAUGUUAAUACACACAGACAUACUGUAAUUAGGAGUAUUCCUGAAAAUUCAUGAAUUCAGAGAAUAGUUUAGCCUUUAAAAGGCAGCAAAUGGAGGCUUUGUGUUUAGAAUAACAUUGAACAGGAAAAAAAAAAAGCUAUAGCUGUUUAGAUCACUGAAACAUUUGACAGAUGACAGAUACCUGCUACAUAAACCAUGGGAAAGUUUUCAAUAGCAAUUUUUUAUUUCAUCCUCAUUUUUAUUUUACUUGGGAAACAGAUGAUUCCAUUUGAAAAUGUUUCUCUGUUAUCCUCCUAUUUCUUUAGUUUCCUUUUCUCUUUUCAAUCUCAUUUUUAGAUUUUAAAUGCUAGAAUAGCAACAAGCUAGUGGGCUUUGUUUUUUAUUUCCUUGAAAAUUGCCUUUUUCAUGAGGUGCACAGGAAAUUAAAUGAGAAGUCAAAAACAAUAUGCAAGCUUAAAAGUUGAGGAUAUAUUUGAAAUAGAAAUUAAAGAAGGAAUGCAGAUAAAUCUGUCACUCUUCUACAAUUACUCAAUUAUUUGCUUUCAUUAUUCUGGGCUUAAUAGCAUUGUUCUCUAAUUAAAACAGUGUUAUCAGAUCUGAUUAAGGAGCACAAUCAGAGAAUUAGCAGGUUAUUUUAGGAUAACCAUGGAACAAGUUCCCUUUAAUAACAAUAUAUAUAUUCAACCUCAUUAAUGUCACCUUGGAGUUUUUAGGGUUCGGUUUGGUUUUGUUUUUUUUAAAGUAGUUUGUUUUUUUUAAAGUAGUUCUCAACCUAGAAGUUUGUGUCUCUUUUGAGAAGCGUGAAGCAUAAUUCCUUAUGGAAUUGGGAUAAAGUCCUCCCUGUGGCUGGUGUGAAGGUUUUCUUGCACAGUGAGAACAUCUCCCACCAGCAGGGGGUAAUUUGAUCUAUAUUUCUGUCAUCUUGUUUAUGCAAGUAGUAGUGAUGGUCAAGCUGAGGAUGAAAUAAGCUCAUCCAUAUUUGUACAUGUAGGAAGAGGUGGAAAAACUUGGCUGAAUCACAACUAGUGAUUACAAACAGUGGUAGUCCCAACCCAGAAUUAGAAAUUAGUGAAUACAAUCAGUAACAUAUCCUUUUAAUUUCUUCCAGUGACUGUGACCUCUCUCUCAGUUUGUCCAUCAGUUUACAUCCACAUGGUCCUUGAACACUUGGUAAAGUUGGAGUUGAAAAUGUCUGCAGUUUUUUUAACCACCAAGUUUUUGUCAAACUACUUUUAAAAUAAACAUUACUGAUAUGAUGUCAGCCGCUUACGACAGAGCGUAGAGGUAAGGAACAAUGUAAGACCUAGAACAGGUGUAAAUUGAGUUCAGAACAGAUAAUUACUGUUUCUCUUCCAACAGUUGAGUCAUAGAAUUCUACAUUGCAUAUAUUUAGCAGAUGCUAUUAUCAAGAACAUGCCCUGAGUUAUGCUGUAAAUUCUAACAAAUGCAUGAACAGUUGAAGAAAUUGGAAUAAAUAUUUGAAUUACAUACACUAACUGGAGGAGAAAAAAGUUAUUUAUUCACUGAUAAUAAUUCAAACUAUUGUAGCCAAACCAUCCUUUCUUAUUAGAAUCCUAAUGUUGUUUCCUGCUGAUAAAACAGGAGUGCUUUGUCUUUCUGUUCUUAUGAAAUCAGUGCUCCAUAUUAGCAUUGCUUGGAUUACUUGGAAAUCACUCAGGAUGAAGAAAUUUCAUAGGAUCAAGUACAGAGUUCUCACCAGUCUUGAAGUCUGCAUAAACCAUUAGCCAGUUUCAAGGCUGAACUACCAUCAAGUUAUGAAUGCUUUCACGUGUAUUUAAGUGUGCCAGAAGAAACAUGUAGCAUUAAAAAAAAAAAAAAAAAGUGGUCAAUUUUAUGUCCAUGUGGGAAUAGACGUCAUUCUAUCCAGCUACAAAGCUGCUAUUUGGUAUAUGGACAGGAAAAUAUUUUUAUGGAUAUUUUAUAAAGCUGUGCUUGUGCUGGUUCUCAUGCACACAGAAAUGCUGUAGCCCUAAGUCCUGAUAACCUUUUAUCCAUCUGUGGAAUUCAGAAGCUCUGCAAAUCAUGCUGAGGGACUGGUUGGUGUGUGUGGGUACAACCUGCCCUAAAAGGGCUCCCACUAGCCCAGUGUCUCCUGCUUCCCCAAAAGUAGAAGGAAAGGCAAACCAGCUCCCAAAGGUCUCCAUUUCUAAUCCUUUCCUGACAUCUCUCAUGGCAGGAACAUUAAAGGCACAGGAUGGCCCUUGACUCCACAUCUUGUGUGGCAAGACAGUUAUGCCAUGAAGCUUUAAGCAGGCUCCUCUGCGGGAGGAACCUGACUCCACUAGCAAGGUUUGUUUUAAUAGAUUUCACAGUCAGAUCUCCUCCGGCAUUUCGUGAAUUCAACACUAAACUCUAAGAUUGUACCAAAGCUAGAAUAGCUAGAUACCAGUUGACAUGACUUCAUCAUUCAUUCCUCACAGCAGUAAGCAUUUGUUGCUAUGAUAGACCAACUACUUCAACGUGCUUGUAGCAAGUGUAGCAAGCGUGGGUAGAACCCCUCUCAAAUCUUCGUUCGCGAAACCUAGCCAUGAUGAUGAGACCAAGUACAAGUAUUAAAUGCAUAGUGCCUUUUCCAAAUGGAGGUUUUUUAUGGGAUCAAGAGCUUCUCAGCAAAAUUGUCCUCUAACAGAAAAGUAGCCAAAUAAAUGUAUAAGAGAUAGCUGAAAAGUGAUGGCUUUUUAAUAUAUAAGUCAGAUGAUGAGGUCGAAAGUACUUAUUUUACUUCGAUAUUUAUUUGCAUCUUCUGCAAAAGAAUUAGGACUGGUUCUCUGAAGGCUAACUGAAAGUCCUUUUGAUAUUCAUGGCAGAUUCUUUUGAAUGGUUACCAUCCAGAAAAUCUUAAUGGGGAGUGAGGGAAAAAUAUUCUGUAGAUGGAUGUAAAUAUCCCCUUUUCCAGGGUUUUAACUUAAACUCACCUCUCUACACUGUAUAAGUUACUUUCAGAGGUUUCUUUUCAUCUAUUUCUAAGCAUUGUGAGUAUUUAUCUAAUAAUGCUGUGGUGAAGUAUGAUUCAUCCUUCAGAAAAAAACCUUCACAUGCAAAGUAUUGUUAACUGUUUGUUCUUCAUAAAAAGGAAGGAAAUUACUCAGGCUGGAGAAAUGUUAUAGUGAAGGUUGUUGAUGCUCUUCAAGCUGAUGGAAAAAGAAUUUCUCAAAUAAAAAGUGAGAGUUUCUACAGGAAGCACUUUCUGAUGGGAAAGGGAUUAGCAAUCCAGGAAGGUCCACUAAGGAAAAUGGACAGAUAAUCACUCAGACUAGGCAAAUAUUUUGUAAAAGGCUUGGCCAAGAG